AUGGAGUUGUGUGAAUGGUACGGAAGUAAUUAUGCACGGAUGUACUUAUUUAUUUGGACAGGUAAUGACGGACAAUUGGUGGUACAGAUGCGGGGCACCGUAGGACUUGUGUAUCAUUGCAGUUGUUGCGAUGCGGGCAAGAAAAUAGUGGAGAACACAAGUUACACAGAGAACAGAUUGAAGGAAGAUACUCGCAAACAUAUUCGUAAGAACAAUAACGGCAAGUAUCGACCUGUAUCGAAAAAUUCCAAGGGCUUGGAUUCAAGCGCUUAUGGUCACUGGAGGUGUAAGGAUUAUAUUCAGUGGCAACUUCUGGAUGUGAAGCGGCGAAAAGAAAUAGAACUGCUACGAAAUUGUUGGCAGUAUUUGCGUCAGAAUAUUCGGCAAAUGUUCCGCGAUGCUCUUAAUCGCAACAUAACAUCAACGGAAGGAAAACGAUUUGAUGUCAACAAAAUAAAAGAGAAUGUUACUAUGUAUGCUUAA